UAGGCUUGCAAGAUGGCGGCGGUGUUUGUUGACACUCCACCAGAGAGAAGAAUGUAGAAGUUUUUGUUUAUUUUGAGUUUAAAGUUGCCUAAAUGUUAAGGCAGCAGACGAGUGGCGCAGCACACGUUAGCUGUGACCUCUGCUCCAGAGUAACUGUGAGCAUCACCAUCACACCUCGGAGGACAGCCACGUCCUGCCACGCUGCACCAUGUUCCACCGCUUUCACGACCUGAAGGCGGGGCAAGACUCUGAGAUGAUGAGUGGAGGCAGCCGCAGCAGUACUCCUGCUGAUCCAAUAGAAGGUCGAGCAAUGAUACCUUCAGUGCUUCGCCAGGACCUUAGCAAUGCUAACCAUCAAGUUGGAACCACUCCUCAGUACCCAAACACAUCAAGCCCAGGACCUGGAUUUGUGGGACACGGCGCAUCACUAAUGGCAUUAGGGCACAAUGUUGUGUUUCCUGGAGGAAAAUUAAUGCCUGGUUCAGCACAAGAAGCACACAGGUACAUGACUGAAGCAUAUCGGCUGGCUGCUGGAGAGCCUGAAACUUAUCGUGCAACAUACACCGCUGCUGGAGGCAGUUCUCAGUCACUAGCCACAGAGGCACCGAGGUCUACUGGGGAUAUCAGUUUACCAUCUGUUACUGGUGAUCGACCUCUCGGUGCUGCUCAACGUCAAUCACAGGGUGAUCGAGUUCUCUACAGCUUGUCUCCGCAUAUGAAUUUAGAAUCUCCAAGGAUGGAAAGUCAUCCAUCAAGGGUACUAUCUUCUUUGGAAAAAUUACCACUUAAUACAAACAGGUCAUCAGCCUCUAGAGCUGAGAGUGAACCUGUGCACUAUGGCAAGAGUACUUAUUCCACUACUGUAAGUGAUGUAGUGCAGCUUUCUUUACAGGCAACUAAAAGCAAGAGCUCAAGUUCUGUUGUGGGGUCCCAUGUAUUUCCUGUACCAUUUUCAUCAUCAUUUCAACAAUAUUCUGAAGAAAAUAGUCCUAAUUUUAAGCGCCACUAUUUUGACGAAACUUCUGUAGCACGGAGAGAGUCCUUAACUGACACUCUCAAUACUGAUGGAGACUUGACACAGCUCAGUGGUAGAGGAAGGAAUGAGAGUGGAAGUGUAGGAGUGUCAUCAGACUUGAGUCAUUAUGACGGUGACUGUGCCAGCCAGGAUUUAUAUAGUCGUGAAGAUCCAUUAAGAAAUGUAAAUAGACCUGACAUUAACAUUGUGCCUCAAGCCACUGUUUCAGCCAACUCAGAUAUUUUGGUGCGACCCAAAAUGCCAAAGGGGAGGCAGGCUAAAGCUUACAAGUGUCAAUUAUGUGGUCAGGAAUUUAAAAAUGGGACACAGCUUAAGAAUCACACCUGGCGCCACACGGGUGAAAAACCUUACACGUGUGACGUUUGUAGGGCUACGUUCACCCAGCAGUCAAAUUUAAAAACGCAUAUGCGUAUUCAUACUGGAGAGCGGCCAUACACAUGUGAAGAGUGUAGUGCCACCUUUACACAAAUUUCUAACUUGCGUACGCAUCAGAAGAUUCACACUGGGGAAAAACCUUAUGAAUGUGAUAUUUGUUUUACAAGAUUCUCACAGCAGUCAAACUUGAAGAGCCACAAGUUGAUUCAUUCAGGAGAGAGACCUUUUAAAUGUGAAGAAUGUGGUGCCUCAUUUGUGCAGUCUACACACUUGCGAAACCACAAACGCAUUCAUACAAAUGAAAGGCCAUAUGCUUGUGAUCAGUGUGGUGCAAGGUUUCGUCAGUUGUCAAAUUUAAAAACGCAUGUGAAAAUUCAUACAGGUGAGCGGCCUCAUGUAUGUGAAGAGUGUGGAUCAGCAUUUGCACAAAAAUCUAACUUGAAAUCACACAAAUUAAAAUUACACUCGAAUGACGGGAUGCCAAGUAGAAGAGGACGUAAAAAGAAAUUAGAAGCCAUACGUCCAUUUAUUUGUGAAGAAUGUGGUGCCAAGUUCACUAUGAUGUCUAAUCUUAAGAUACACAUGCGUCUCCACACAGGUGAAAAGCCUUUUCAUUGUACUAUGUGUGGGGCCAAUUUUGCCCAGCGGUCAAAUCUCAAAGCCCACGAACAGACUCACUCAGAUGAUCGGCCAUUUAAGUGCCCUGAAUGCCCAGCAGCUUUUAGACAGAAAACUAACUUAAAAACUCACAAGAUGAAAAAACAUCCAGUUAAAAGCUUGAAAAUUAAAAUACUGCAAGAUUCACAGUACAUCAUGCAAGAUCUUUCACAACCAGUAGACCAUGAAGGUGAAGGGUCAUCUCAUCUCAUAGAGGAACCAAUUGUACAGAUUAGAGAAGGAAAAGAGGACCAACUUGGUUCUCUAGAUGAAGAGGAAGAUAUUGUUAAGUUGGAAGAAGAAAUGUAUGACUGCAGAAAUAUCAGUGUAUCACAGAAAAAUGCAGGGAUGAUCCCAGGGCAUUGCUCUUCUGAAGCAAAUCCUUAUGACAGUCCAAAUUUUAUGAUGCAGAGUGGAAGUCGCAGCAGUACACCCGCUGGUGCAUUAGAUGGAAGAGCAAUGUUUCCACACCCGUCAUCCGUCCCCAGCCAACAAAUCCCAGCCCCCUAUCCCAGCAUAUCUAGCCCUAGUCCAAGUAUAAUGUCUCAGAGUGCUCAACUUAUGGCUCUGGGACAUAAUAUGAUAUUUCCAGGGUCAAAAUUUAUGACUGGGGCUCCUCCAGAGGCACACAGGUAUCUUCCAGAGUCCUAUAGGCUAGCAGCAGAGUCAUUAGAUCAAAAUCGGUAUGGGAUCGAUAGUCAGAGGAUGUCAGCAGAUCCCUAUAGACAGUCGAGUGAUCCUCAGCGACUGCCGUCAGAUUUUCAGCGAAUAAGGUCAGAGUUGCAGCGAACAGAAGAACAAAAUUUAGACCCAUAUCAGCGGGCUCCUAGUGACUCCUAUAGGAAUCCUUUAGAUAUUCAGAGAGCGCAAGAAUCUAACCUUCAACAGAUAGCUUCCAAUGCACAGCGUCUUGUGUCAGACCUACAAAGACUGCAAUCAGAUCCUCAGCGACUAGUUGCCGAGGCUUUACGUCCUUCAGUGUCUGAGUCUGUUAGAAGUCCUGAGGCGGCGUAUCGUGGUAUAAUGGCUGAUCCCUUGAGGCCCCCUUCAGAACCCCCUCAGCGUACUGUGCAGGAGUCCAUCCGUAGUCAUGCAGAUGCACAGCGUAUGGUCCAGGAGAGUCUCAGAGAUUACUUAAAUCCUUCUCAGAGAGCUAUGCAAGAAAACUUAAGGUCACCAACUGACCAGAGAAUGUUAUCUGAAAACCUUCGCUACAGCUCAAGUGAUAAUAUUCGUUCUGAUUCAUUAAGAUAUGGAACAGAUUUAACUAACCAACGUGUAAUGCCAGAAAACUUGCGUGUAGGAGCAGAAACUCCUCAACAUCUCCAAGUGAGGGCAGACACUCCCCAGCAUCUCCAGGUGAGGGCAGAAACUCCCCAGCAUGUUCGAGUUGGAGCGGAAACUCCUCAACACAUACGAGUAGGAGCAGAAACUCCUCUACAUCUCCGAAUAGGGGCUGAAACUCCUCAACAUCUCCGAAUAGGGGCUGAAACUCCUCAACAUCUCCGAAUAGGGGCUGAAACUCCUCAACAUCUCAGAGUAGGAGCAGAAACUCCUCAACAUCUCCGGGUAGGGGCUGAAACUCCUCAACAUCUCCGAAUAGGGGCUGAAACUCCUCAACAUCUCCGGGUAGGGGCUGAAACUCCUCAACAUCUCCGGGUAGGGGCUGAAACUCCACAGCAUGUCCAGGUCAGAGCAGAAACUCCCCAACAUCUCCAAGGAAGGUCAGAAACUCCUCAACACAUUAGAUUAGGGACAGAUACUUCACAUCAUCUACGUAUUGGGGCAGAAACUCCUCAACAUUUACGAAUUGGGGCAGAAACUCCUCAACAUUUACGAGUUGGGGCAGAAACUCCUCAACAUUUACGAGUUGGGGCAGAAACUCCUCAACAUUUACGAGUUGGGAUAGAAACUCAACAUAUGCGAAUUGGGGCAGAAACUCCGCAGCAUCUUCGAAUUGGGGCAGAAACUCCUCAACAUAUGCGAAUUGGGGCAGAAACUCCGCAGCAUCUUCGAAUUAGUGCAGAAACUCCUCAACAUAUACGACUUGGUUCAGAAACUCCUCAACAUCUCAGAGCAGGAACUGCAACAUCCCAACAUAUACGAUUAGGCGUUGAAGUUUCUCAGCAUCUACGAGCAGGGGGAGAAUCUUCUCAGCAGCAUAUCCGCAUGGGCUCUGAUACCCCGCAGCAUCAUCAUCUGGGAGUUGAGAGUAAUCAACAUGGGCGACUUGGAGCAGACACACAUCAUCUUCGUUUAGGCCCGGAGACUCCUCAAACUCAUCCCAUGAUGCCAGAGAAUCUCAGGGUGACAUCUGAAGCAUCUCGCAUGGUCCCAGAAAAUCUUUGUGUGACUGAACCCUCACACCAGGUUAUGCCAGAGAACCUUCGCAUUAGUCACGACAAUACGAACAACACAAGUAGCGUGAGAAUGAACACUCUACAACCCCCAGAGUCGCCCAUGCCUCCUAUGCGCUCACAUUACGAUGCCUUAACCCAUCGAAUGAUGUCAGAGUCUCCGCAUCCAAUGCGAGUCGAGUCUCCUCGUUACUCCGAAUCUCUUUAUCGAGGAGACUUAAGUCAUAACAGUCUUGGUCCACCAACUCCUGUCUCAUCUAUAUCUUCCAUGCCUGAUCACUCUGGCACCCCUGCACCUUCACAACACCAAUUCUACACAGGCCAUUAUAAUGCUCAGUUCAACCAGUACAUGAGUGACGGCCAAGACAGAGAUCACCGAGAUGGAAUGAGGAUGGAAGAUGACAUGGAAGUGAAGCCAUACCUCGAUAUCAAACCUUUUGGUCAGGAUUAUCCUUCUUCACUGAUAGGACAUGAGCCCCCAAUGCCAACAGCUCCAAAGCCGCCCAAACCCAAAAAACCUAAAGAACCAAAACCACCUCGUAUUCCAGUAGUACACAAAUGUAAUGAGUGUGAAAAAAUAUUCAAGAAUAGCACUCAGUUAAAGAACCACAUGUGGCGACACACAGGGGAGAAGCCAUUUACCUGUGAAAUAUGUGGUUCAAAAUUCACUCAGCAGGGCAACCUUAGAGCUCACAGAAGAAUCCAUACAGGUGAGAGACCUUAUCAGUGCCCACAGUGCAAGUCGUGCUUUACUCAACUCUCGACACUAAAAACACAUCAAAAAAUACAUUCUGACGAAAGGCCAUAUAAAUGUGAUCAAUGUGAUGCAGCAUUUAGACAGAUAGCUAAUUUGAAAACCCAUGCUGUGACACACACUGGUGAAAGACCUCACAAGUGUGAUCAGUGUGACAAGGCAUUCACACAAAAAUCAAACCUUAAGGCUCAUAAAAAUAGGGUGCACAGUGGAGAGGGGGGCACACCAACAAGGAGAGGUCGUAAGAAAAACCCAACUGCUAUCAAACCUUACAAUUGUCUUGAAUGUGGUGCAAAAUUUACAAUGAUGAGCAACCUUCGAAUCCACAUGAAACUACAUACAGGCGAUCGCCCUUUUGAAUGUGACCACUGUGGAGCUGGAUUUGCACAGAGAUCAAACUUGAAGACUCACAUACAAAGAAUGCACGGCAGGGGCCCGGGUCAGGGAAGGCGUAGAAUCAAAUGUGACGAAUGUCCGGCAAUGUUUAGACUAAAACGUUGCUUGAAGACUCAUAAAAAGAAACGUCACCCCAUCAAGAGCCUUAAAAUCAAGAUUCUUAGAGAAUCAAAGUAUUUAAUGAAAUCUGAAGGAGGGGAAGGAGCAGAGGAUGAUGAAAUGGAAGAAGAAGAAGAGGAAGAGGAAGAUGAAGAAGAUGGGAUAGAAGAAGCAGAGGAUGGAACAGAUGGACCUAAUCUUGAGCCAAUAGUUCAACUGUGUGAACCAAAAGAGGAGCCAUAUUCUCCCAGUUACAACAACCAGGAGUCUCUCUAUAAUGAGGAUGAGUGGCACAAGGAGGAAGAAAUCAAAAGGUUCAAGAGUAGCAAGGCUCGGGCAGAAGCAGAUGCAAAAGAAAGAGAAGCAGUACUAAAAGAAACUGAAGCAGAAAUUGGAGUAGAGUGUGAAGAAGUAGGGGAAAAGGGGGGAGAAGGAGAGGAAGUAGAGAAAGGGGGUGAACAUGAACAUCUCCAUGAGGCAGAAUCAAAAGCUCUUCCACAAGAGUCUCCAGAAACAAGUUUAAGUGUGAAGUGAUGAGCUUAAAUGCACUGUGAAAUCUCUUAAAGCUCAACCUUGGUGUCUCUUCUAAGCUCAUUGAAAAUGUUAUUGUAAAAUGGAAAGAGGCCAGAGACAGCUAGGUUGGUAUUUUAUGAUUUCACUGUUUUUCAUAUGGCCCAAAAUAGCAAAUCACGCCACAAAUUAUAUAAAUAAUGAAACGGCAUCAAGUUGUGGUGAUACUGGUUGUGGUGGUCAGACGUUCAGGUGGUAGAAUGCUGCAGCAGAUGUUAAAGGGUAAAAAAGUCAAUCAUCGUUUGUUCGGCAAACUCUAAGGAAUACUGAGUAAAUACAUCUCUGAAGAAGUGGUCUACUACAAUUCUUAUUCAGCUAUGUGAACCGAUCAUUCAUAAGCCUCUAUAAAAUUGCAAAAUAAAUGUUGCAGCAAGACUUCCACAUCCUUUUGUUCCACUGCUUAGUAAGGGUUUUCUGGAGAAAAAAUAAUAAUUUAAAUGCUAUGAUACAUUCUUUAAUCUUCUGAUUCUUUUGCCAUCUGUUGUGAUGCCUCCAACAUCUUUCUUACAUUCUAUUUGAGAGCACCUUUGUUUUCAAUAUGUUGAAGGAGAGAAUAAAUGAGUAUUCACACACUAGUGGUUGGCAUCAGUUGGUUUUAGGUGUUGUGUAAAGAGCUGGAGAAAUUUGAAUAUUGAUGGCAGUUCAUAAAUGUUGCCCUUACAUUGUUGCCAAUAUUCUUGCCCACUGUCUUAACACAAAUUUGGAGCCUUACCUCCAAUAUUUCUAGCUUUUCAAUAUGAAUAUUUUCAAAAAGAUAUUCGGUCGAACAAGCGAGAUUAGACUGUAUAUAGUUUGUUGUGAGAGACUCUUCAGCGUUAGUGAACAGGACAGCUUUCUCAGCUCCUGGAAACAGCUUUAAUAGACCCUGCAAGCUUUUUACCAUGACCAGUUACUUGAAUAUAAGGUAUAGAUGACUCAAGCUUUCUUCUUAAAUACACAGAAUGAGAAGUAAGCUUGCUGCAUUGCCAUCUAGAAUUCAUGGUUAUGGUUCAUAUUUGCUUAAGGGUAUUUGAUCUGAUGGCUUUAGAAAGAAUGAUUAAGAGUUGACAAGUGUUUAGUUGUGAAUGCACAGGUCCCAGACCUCACUGUUUUGAUGAGUCUGUGCCAGCAGUGAUGGAGAGAGACUCCCAGGCAAAAUCUUUGACAUGCUUCAUUGAAGAAGUUUCAGUACAUCACAUUAUUUAAUAUUUUAGGAAUUUACACACACACACACACACACACACACACACACACACACA